CGAAGUGGUGUUUUGCUUUUCCCCCCUUCAAUCCUACUUAUUUCUUACAAUAACUAAUGUAGGGCGGAAGCGAAUUACAGGACUCGAAGUAAAUAAGAGCGACGGUGGCGUUAAAUAUACUAAUUUCGUUGUAGAGUCAAUUUUGAUUAGAAGUGGAUUUAUAUGAGACAAUUCUCACAAUUUAGGUGCUUGAAAAAUGAUAAGUAGCAUACUAUUUGACUCGGACGCUGUCAUAAGAGUGUCGAUAAGUAUACUUACCGAUUACAUAGUUUUACUUCGUUCAAAUAUUGUCCUCCGGAUGUGUGCAGAUCAACAGCAAGGACUAUUUCGGAAUCAUGUUUCGUAUUCUGUUGUUCAGAAGUAGCCAGAACUAUUGUUUAGUUUGUGACUGCCUGUGUUAGAGUUCACUAGAUGUGUGGAGUGGUUUGCGCGUACAACUUAGACUGUUUUAAUUAGCUUAGACUUUAUAAUUGAUAGCUAUUCAGCAACCUCCGGAUUGAAGAAAAUUGUAAAGAAACAAUUCCGAAAGGAAUUUUUACCGAAAUCUGAGUAUAUUUUUGAGUUUUAAGGGGUUAACUUGAUUGAUACAUUUAUUUAUUCGCAUCUUGAGGUAAAAUAUUACGUAAUAGUAAGUGGAUCUCGGGAAUAAAGUGUUUGAAGCCUAAUAUGGUGGUAAUUUUCCAGUUGAAUGCCCACUUAAAAAGUGUACAGAUAAUAGACACAGACUAGCUAGUCGGCAAUCCGUUGGUGAAUCGUCUUCUUGAACUUGUAUCAUAUAAUGUAAUGACUAUAAUUUUAAUUCCUCUCCAGUGUCCUCAGUUGUAUUGCCUUUUUAUCAAGACGGCUUAUUCAGUGUGUAACCUCCGUCUUAAUAAUGUCAAAUCACACAUUUUCCAGAGAAUUACAUCACAAGAGAAUUAACACCACUGUACUCUUGGAUUUAGAGGAUUUCCUUUCUGUGCUGCUGCAGCUGUCACCGCAUCCUUCAACUACUCAGUUACUAUCAUUACUGGAUAGUAAAAGGUGCAACUGACCUUCGUUAAUGCCUUUCCAGUGGAGAUGAGUUGCUACUUUUAGGUAGUAGGCUAGGACUCGGUUUGAGCUAUUGUCAUCAAAGUGGAGGAUUGAACGUUCAAACUUCAUCCACAGAAUCAUCGGCUUAGGUGCAGUAGACGUCGUUAAUUAUCAAUUGGAUAAAAGUGCAUGUGCGUCCGUGUUUCUCUUACACCGAACAAUUUCCCUACUUUUUAUGAAGUGAAAUUGCUAAAAGUCUGUAUUAUCCUUAUGGAAAUGUGGUUCUUACUUGUUAACUGGUAUUUCAGUUAUUCUAAACAAAAAACACGUAAUCGUUACUCCUAGAAGCUCCUGCAGAUAAACAGUCAGGUCCUAUUAUUUUAACUAGAUUUAAGUUUUAAAGCAACCUUAGUAGAAAUAAAAGCUCUGAUACUGACAUUUCAUCCGAUUCGGAGUUAAUUAUAUUUGUUCCAGAAUUGUGCUCUGUGAUAUCCUAAAUACACGUCUUAAGACUUUAUUCUCAACAGACCUGGUCUUUCGGUUUGGUUUUAGCUACCAAUCUAAAUAAUUACCAAAAUUCUAAUGUUACAUGAUAUAUAUAUAUAUAUAUAUCCAAAUACUUUUCGUAAUUGUUUUGGUAUUUUGGUACUGGCCAAGUUGAGUUUUUGAAAAGAAUUCGCAUAAUAAAAAUGAGCCCAUUAUCUUGCUACAUUUAUUGUUUUUACCGUGUUCAACUGUCUUCAUAGAUUUAUGUUAAUAUUGUCAUUAUCAUUUUACAAUAUUUUUAUUUCAAUACUGCAAACUUCUUAUUUUCCUUUCUUCCUUAAAUUCCAGACUUAUGAAUGGAAAAACAACCGUCCCUUGAAUUGUUUUCUGUUGUAGAGCUAGAGGAUUUGCUAUUAAGGCAGAUGAAUUUGCAUAAAAGCCUUUUUUCGAAGUUACCUGAUUCCGGUGAAAAAUUACAAAAGUCUAUUCAAAAGAUUCAGUCUGUUUUAACCGAGAAAAAGAACUUUGCUCUAAAAACUGUUGAAAAACUUACAGCAUCAAAUAUUCAAGGAGGUAUCACCCGCAAACUAUCAAACUGUGUAUCAAAAAUCGAAGAAAAUAACUCAACAAAUGAUAUUGAUGAAGAUGUAGCUGUUGAUUCAGUUGAUGUUCUAUCCAACGAUCUGGCUAAAAUAUCCGUCAGUUUAUCUAGUUGUGAUGUCACUGAUUCAUAUUCGAAUAAUACGUAUGACUCUGUGCCGUGUAUGUCAUUUGAAGAAUAUGCCGUUAUCAGAAAAUCAUUGAAUCUUCCUUGCUCAUAUAUGUUGAACACAUUUCGAUGGUUUACGUUUGCCAUUCGAUUUGUAGGAGAUUUGGUAUAUCUGUCCGUAGUCGACUGUAGGAAUCCGAACAGAAGUCUUCUACGUGUUGGCCUCUUCAAAACAUGGUUUCCUGGCAUGGAUUCAUCAAAUACAAAAUCCAAACCCAUCAUCGGUAAUGCACAAAUGAAGAAGAUGACACUUUAUCAGCCAACUCAAGCAUUACACGAUUUAUGGUUAUUUUUAACAACAAAACCCAGUCAAAAUAGAACAGUAUCAUCGUCAUUGGAUAAUGAAGUGUGUUGCCUUGCUUGUUAUCCAUUCGACAAUAAUAUCAACACUCCAAAUGAUAUAUCAUACCUUAGUCGAUUGAUACGUUCUACACGUCAUUCAAGUAUAGUUCGUUCAAUUCAACCAUAUGAUUGUUACUUUACUAAUGCUCAAUGCGCUUUAAUGUCAAUUGUCUCUUGUUCGGAUAACAGUAAUACUACUGAUAAAAUUGUCAAUUUUAUAAAUGAUAUGAAAAAACGAAAUUAUGAUUACGAAUGUUUAACUACUACUACUACUACUACUAAUAAUAAUAAUAAUAAUAAUAAUAAUAAUAAUAAUAAUAAUAGUAAUGCUACCAAUGAUGGAAAAGCGACUUUCGAUGUAGGUCAACAUCUUAUUGAUGAGUGUUGUAAACUAUGUGAAUUCUUAUUUACUCAAGUAACCAGUGAUGAUAAUGUUAGCAGCACAGAUGGCGAUGUCCAACUACGUUAUUUUAGAAAUCCAAUGGAAUAUUUAAAGUUAUCUAAAGUUAAAACAAUGAUGUGGAUGGAGGCUCCUAUGGAGUUAUAUCUCUUGCGAAAGCUCAAAACUGCUUGUAGUAUAAUGACGAAAAAAUCCACUUCAACUACAGAAAACAAUAUAUCCAAUAACUUGAAUAAAGUGCCUGAUGAAAUUUUGCGUCGAUUAGCUCUUGUUGGUUUGGGUCGGACACGUUUAACUCGUUUAGCUGGUCUAGGCGGUUGGAAAGGAUUUGCAGGAUUCUUAGCUUACCGUUCACAAGAUACUUCAACUGAUAAUGAUUUUAACGGGAAAGCUUUUGUGACUGAUGAUUUAGAGGUGAUACAGUCAUUGUACAGUUAUUUUAGAAAUAUUUACAUGCACCUUGAUCGUCAUGAAAAAUGUUAUUUAGAAGAUAACAAAAGUAAUUGUAAAGAAGAGAAAUCAUUAUUCAAAGAAGCUAUACCCAGUAGAAAAAUAUACAAUCCAUUACUAUUAUCAAAUAUAGAUUAUUUUGAUGAUAUUAAAAUUCAUCUUACUGGUAAUAAUAUGACUAAUAAUCAAGAAAAUUAUAGUAAUAAUAAUAAUAAACAGUCUGUUGUAUGGAGUGAAAAACUUCAAGCAUGGACAGCUUCUGGUAAUCAGUUAUUCGAUCCACACGGUCAACGUCAACUCUGUCGACUUAGUAUGCAACAGUCAAUGGAUUUAAUGAAAAAAGUUCAGUUAAACUAUGAAAAUUCUCGAAUCAAAUACAAAUUACCAUCCUUACCUACCAUGCCACCAGAACCAACCAAAUUGAACCGUUAUCGUGAUCCAUCAGUAAUGUUAAUAAAAGAAGUAGAGGAUUCGUCGUCGUCCUCUUCCUCCUCCUCGUCCUCCACAUCAUCAGAUGCAGAAAGUUCAGAUUCAGACAAUGAAUCACUUCAUCUUGAAGAUGUUGACUGA